AUGGUGAAUCUUCCGCUUCCUAAGUUGGAGGACUAUUCCAUCUCUACGAAAACGGGUUUCCUCCCUGAUGCACCUCCACUCGCAGCUCUGCAAGAUCUAUAUUAUGCACCUUGGGAAACUACGGUUUCGAAUCUCCAACCUCUACUCCUAAGCAAAAAAAUCCGCCAAGUCGUUGAAGGGCUUCCGGUUUUGUCAACAGACCAACUUAGAACAGAAGCGGAAUGGAGGAGAGCCUAUCUUAUACUUUCUUUCCUCUCGCACUCAUAUAUCUGGGGAGGUGAUUUUGCGUCAGAGGUCUUACCAGCUACAAUCUCAAUACCGUAUCUAGCGGUGAGCAAGAAAUUAGAUGUGCCUCCCGUGGCUACGUACGCUGCACUGUGUCUUUGGAACUACAGACCAAUCUUUCCAGAUGAUUCUACAGAUUGUUUAGACAACCUCGCCACCUUACACACCUUCACCGGGGCCCUGGACGAAUCGUGGUUUUAUCUCGUCUCUGUUGCAAUAGAGUCUCGGGGGGCAACCAUACUCCCCAUUAUGUUAGAUGCUAUUCAGGGUGCUCGAGAAGACGACCUCGAUCUUGUCGUCUCCUGCCUUCAAUUCUUUGCAGAAAGGCUUGGCGAGUUAACACACCUUCUUGGGAGAAUGUACGAAAAUUGCGAUCCUCAUAUCUUCUAUAGUCGUAUUCGUCCUUACCUUGCGGGUUCGAAAAAUAUGGCAGAAGCAGGCUUGCCGCGAGGCGUCAGGUAUCUAGACGGCUCUGGUGACGAGCCCUUUAGACAAUAUUCAGGAGGUAGCAAUGCACAAAGUUCUUUGAUUCAGGCAUUUGAUAUAUUGCUUGGGGUGGAGCAUCGCCCGACGGGAGACAAGAAACCGGAUACUCCGAGGCCAGAAGGACCACAGAAUAGCCACAAGGUUCACAACUUUAUUCUAGAAAUGAGGGAUUACAUGCCUGGUCCUCACCGCCGAUUCCUUGAGCAUCUUGAGAGGGUGUCUAACAUCCAGAACUACGUCAAAGAGCACUCAUCCUAUGGGGCGCUUACCGUUGCGUAUGAUGCUUGUUUACAUAUGCUAAGGGGGUUCCGAGACAAACAUAUCCAAAUUGUGAGCAGAUAUAUAAUUCUACCCGCCAAAGAGCAGAGGGGGGUGGCUACGGAACGUCUAGCUACUGCAAGGUCCAAGUCAGGUGUAGCUCCAGUGGGAAUAAAUCUCCAUCUUGGUUAUCGGUCACAACCCAAAGGACUAGCAAGGACACCAAAUGAUCGGUCUGAUCUAAGGGGCACUGGAGGGACAGCAUUAAUACCUUUUCUUAAACAAGCUCGCGAUGAAACUGGGGAACCAUCUAUCGGUAUAUGGGCGCGUAGGUUACUCACAGACUCGAGAAUUUCGCUUCCCGGACGUGAGGCGGAAUCAGUAAAGAUCCAAGGCCUGGCGGGCCAAUGGUUAGAUAGUGAGGAUGUCGGCGGGAUUUGUCACUGGUGA